AUGUAUAUAACACGUGCUUUCAGAAAGGUUGACUUUAUACUUCAAGUCGAGAUAGAAAAUGACGAACAGUCUUUAAGCGCCCAAAACAUUCACAUAUACAAAUACUUUAAAGACGAUACAACAUUGUUGCAAUGUAUGAUUUCAUUUAAUGAGAUGUUCGAGAAAAAGUUUAACAUUGAAGUACAAACUUUACAGCCUUUACGUGAGUUUCUUGCACAACUGAAAGAAGAAGGUAGUCAGCCACAACUUAUAGACUUUCAUUAUGAAUUUAAUGAAAAUGAAGAUGGAACUCAUGACUGUCAAUUCAUUGUAUUCUCACCAUUCAAUGAAGUCGCUAAAAAGAAAGAAAAUCCAUUACGUAUAAGAUUUCAAAUCUCCGAACCAAGUGAUGAUUUUAAGAAUGUUUUCAAUUAUGAUGCAAUGCUUCCGAGGAAAAAUGAAUUUUCAAAGAUUGUAACACCUGGCAUUUGGGAUAGAAAGCAAGCAAUACUUUACUCUAAUAUAGCCAAAGGCGUUGAAAAUGAGUUCAUUGGUCAUACAAGAACUUCACCACUUCCUA